AUGAGCCGGAUGUGGCGCUUAGCUCACUCUCUGAUGGAAGAGUACGUCGGAGCCCCCGUCUUCGGGAUUUGUUGUUUGAAACCCAAGGAUCCAGCAAGUCUUUCUUCGCGCAUCGCUCGCCACGAGGAGCACUACGAGCAGCUGCAGAGACGCCAUCACAGCAUCCUACGUGCCUACUUUCCUAGCGUUGUUGCUGGUCUGCCGCCCAGCCAGAGGGCCGUCUAUCCUCAAUUAUGGUAUGGCGUGCGCCGCCCACGCGGCGAUGAGAUGGGAUGGCUGUCCAUGGAUCCGUCUACGCCGCACGAGCGACAGCCAGAGACUCAGAGUAUGCACGCUCUCGCGUGCUUCUCCUCUGGAACAAACGUACUUGUGCAACUAAGUAUUGGUCUGUUACUUAUUACCAAUUUGUUAUCGUCGUAUAGUCCAUCCGUAAGGCUAACUCGCUGCGGCACUGCGGGCGACGCUUGCCAGGGGUCAUCAGUCUAA